CUUCACUGCCAACUUCCCCUGGUUUGCCUCUACAUUCUGAAUUAUUUCUGGGACGGUGUGGACAGUCCAAAGAUCACCGUCGUGGGGCGUCUGGCGACAGUGGCGGCAGGAGAGACGGUUGACCCACAGCUCCGGCUCGGAAAUCCUAAAAAAGAAGCCAUGGCAGGGUUUGCCCCCCAGGACUCCUGGCGCCAGCGUGUCUGCUCUGCCCGGCGGGUGACCCUCGUCCUGAUGGGGCUGCUGGCCGUGGUGACCCUCUCCAUCACUGUCUUCGGCUUUGUGGGGCGCAAAUACUCUACCACCUUGUGGAAGAUGCAGGAAGAUCUGAAGGCCAUCAACCGCACAAUCGCCACGGAAUUAGCCGCUCUGCAACAAAAUGAGACCAACAACGUGAAAACGAUCGAAAAAACAAACCAGGCAGUGAUACAUGUCACCAGCGAUGGAAAAGAAAAGAUGUCCCACUUCCAGGACCAGAUCCAGAAACUUGAAAGGGUUCUGCAGCAGCUGAAUUGCGACUUGGAGGACACAAAACACAAGCGGUCAGGGCCGCAGAGGGGCUGCUGCCGCCGGGGCUGGCAUCUCUUUCAGCAGAGCUGCUACUGGUUCUCCUCUGCGGAGAAGAGCUGGCCUGAAGCCAAGCAGGAUUGCGAAGAGAAGCAAGCCCACCUGGUGAUCAUCACCAGCUACCUAGAGAAGCAAUUUGUGUCCCGGCUCACCAAACCAAACACCGUUUGGAUCGGGCUGAAGUUCAACGGCCAGACGUGGAAUUGGGUGGACGGGACACCCUACAUGGUGCGCAGGAUUGACUGGCGGCCCAACGAACCAGUGGCUUACGACGAAUUCUGCACCAUGAUUUACCGGGAUGGGCUGUGGAGCGAAAUCUUCUGCCAGUCCCGCUUUAGGUGGUUGUGCGAAAUGCAGGCGCUGCAGUGAGUCCCGGGGGAGACGCCGCCAGCCGGACCCCCGUGAAGCAGCUGCCCGACGCUUCUUGGAGCCAAUAAAACGAAUCUGAGACAAAAAUCUAAGGCAAAAA